CUUUUCACAUCUUAUUCAAGGCGAAAAAAUGGUGGACGUGGCUCGUGAUUAAAGCGUAUUUUCUCAGUUUUGUUAAUAAAUUUCAUACUGAUUUGGACUGCGUUCUGCCAGUUUGGAUCUAUAACUUACUGGUAAAAGCAUUUUCCUGCUAAGUAGUGGUUUUACAGCUGCGAGUUGUGUUUAUUCGUGUGUUAUUUUUUGGGCAGAUUGUAGCAAAAAAGUCAGUGUCGAAGUUAUAAAGUUGCGAAAUAUUUAGCGGGCGAGAAUCGUAUAAAGUGGCUCGAAAUGACAGAAGUGCUCGCCAGUAAAGGUGUUUUAUCUUCGGUUAAUUCUGCUGCAGGAAACACUGCGACGGGACAAGCCGAUCCUGACAUGAAAGGAUGGCUGCUGAAGUGGACAAAUUACCUGAAAGGCUACCAAAAACGGUGGUUCGUUCUAUCCAAAGGAGUACUGUCUUAUUACAGGGCUGAGCACGGAGCCGGAUCGCAGGCAGGGGGCCGGAGUGCCGGGGGCAAAUUAUCUAUCCGGCGACGCAGGAAAGGCCCCCGAGCAGAGAGCAAAGGAUCCAUGAUGCAAUGCAUACGAGCGCCUCGCUCACCCACUAGGCUGGCUCUUCCACCUGCGCAAAGAAAAGCUAAUAAGAAAAACAAAAAAAAUCAGGCCGAGAUGACACACACCUGUCGCGGUACGAUAUCCCUCCAUGGAGCCCUUAUUCACACCGUAGACUCGUGCACAUUUGUGAUAUCAAACGGUGGAACUCAAACGUUUCACAUCAAAGCUGCCAACGAAGUGGAACGGCAGUCCUGGGUGACAGCGCUGGAACUGGCCAAAGCGAAAGCAAUACGGGCUAUGGAGAGCGACGAGGAGGAAGAGGACACCGCAGCCAAUACAAUACCGAGCGAGGAACUCAUUCUAGUAGUAAGGGAGUUAACUCUUAGAUUAGAAAAUUUGAAAACAUGCUACGAUCUGAUUACGAAGCAUGGGACAGCCCUUCAGCGGGCUCUUUCGGAGCUGGAAUCCGGAGAAGAUUUGCCUGGUAAAACAAAGAUAGUCAGCGAGCGUGCAACACUGUUUCGAAUAUCAUCCAAUGCCAUGAUCAAUGCCUGCUCGGAUUAUCUACAGACGGCGCAAACCCAGGGUCACAAAUGGUCAAAAAUGUUGCAGCACGAACGUGACCAAAAGGUGCAUUUGGAGGAAAUGGUCGAGCAACUGGCGAGGCAGCAUUCGCAUCUUGAGCAAGCAGCACAUCGCCACAGACCGAACGCAACAAUUUCAGCCUCCGACGACGAAGAGAAUGAGUUCUAUGAUGCACAAGAAGAGGGUGGUUCCGUCGCUUCACAAGAGGAGAGUUCGUUCAUACUAAAAAUUCCGGUCGCUCACCAUCGUCGUAAUUCCAACGACGCUACGGGUAGUUCCUCGGAGGGCGAGGAAGGCAACAGUGAAACGCAGCAAGUAUUAGUAGUCACCGAUAACCUAGACAAUAUGGACGUGACGGAUAGAAUAUCUGUAAAUAGCAAUCAAGCACUAACACCAACGCUUUCCAAUAACAACCAGUCCACAAAAACAGUACGUAAACGACGGACCCGAGUCCCGGAAAAACCCAAUUAUCCACUGAAUUUGUGGUCCAUAAUAAAGAACUGUAUCGGUAAAGAUCUGUCUAAAAUUCCUAUGCCAGUUAACUUUAACGAACCGUUAUCGAUGCUUCAAAGAUUAACAGAAGAUUUCGAGUAUUCAGAAAUCCUAGAUAAAGCCGCCCAAUGUAAGGACACAUGUGAACAACUAGCGUACGUAACAGCAUUUACAAUUUCAAGCUAUUCAACAACGAGUAAUCGUACCGGCAAACCUUUCAAUCCUCUGCUUGGGGAAACUUAUGAAUGCGACCGAACAGAUGAUCUCGGGUGGAGAUGUAUUAACGAACAGGUAUCUCAUCAUCCACCAAUGGCGGCGCAGUACUGCGAAGGCCGUGGAUGGAGAUGCUGGCAGGAAUUCACAAUGACCUCAAAGUUUCGUGGCAAAUACAUACAAAUUGUUCCUCUUGGCUAUGCUCACGUAGAAUUUCUUAACACUGGUAACAAAUUUACCUGGCGCAAGGUGACGACAACGGUGCAUAACAUCAUAGUUGGAAAAUUGUGGGUAGAUAAUCACGGUGACAUGGAAAUUUUUGGUGAGAAAAACGCGCGUGGAGUCAAAUGCCACUUGAAGUACAUCCCCUACUCGUACUUUACGCGAGAUACGCAGCGUAGGGUCAAGGGAGUGGUGAUGGACAAUGCCAGUCAGGUUAAGUGGGUAAUCAGCGGCACCUGGGAUAGCAAAAUAGAAAUCGCGCCGGUAACAUCAACCAGCGGAUCGGUGGAAAAUCCUGUCUACAAAACGGGCAAUUUCAAGGCAGCAUGGACUCGGCGAUUGCCACCGAACGACUGUGAAAAAAUCUACAAUUUUACUUCGCUUGCCUGUCAGCUGAAUGAGCCCGAACCAGACGUUGCUCCGACAGAUUCUCGGCUGCGGCCAGAUCAGCGACUGAUGGAGGAUGGCAAAUGGAAUGAUAGUAACGAAGAAAAAUUAAGACUGGAAGAAAAGCAACGAGCACGGAGACGUGAACGAGAAGCAGAGGCCGAACAUGCAGCCGCAGCAGGACGUCCUUAUCCGCCAUACGAACCUAUUUGGUUCAGCAAGCAGAAAGAGGAGGGUACCGAUAAUCUGGUGCACGUGUACAAAGGCACUUACUGGGACUGCAAAGCUAAGCAAGAUUGGUCAAAGUGUCCGGAUAUUUUCUAGGUCUCUGCCAAGUACACUUAAGCUUUCGGUGGAUCCAGUAAACUUUUACUUUCAGCUAGAGAUAUUUCAAUCGUUCACUCAAUCGUUGCAAUCAUUUUGUUUGAGUAAAUAGGUGGGUGCGGUCGAAAUCGAAUGAACAAGUGAAUAGUUAUUUUAUCCUCCUGUUAAUGAUGUUCAAUUGAUGUGAAACUCAGCAUAUUGCUUUAAAGGUUCGAAUGGCAAUAGGUUUAUUAGUUCACUGCAAGUAAAAAUAAUGAAGAAUGCGAAUAUUCAGUUGCAUAUAUUUAUUUUGUUUUUGUUUUUUGUUAUUUUUUACCAAAAACUCGGUUUUACAGUCCUAUAAUAGUAACAAUCAGAAAUCUAGUUAGAAACCCAUGUGCUACGGUAAUCAAAGGAUAUAAGAAGCAACGCAAAAUGUAGAAGGCGCAUUGGAGACUCCUAACAUGUGGUCUCCAUUUAUAUGAUAGCAUCUAUUUGAUAAUUGUGACACUCUCUUUGGGAACUAACCUAUUAAAUUUUGGGAUAACUUUACCUGAAAUAUUACUAUUGCUACUAGCAAAAUACAUUGGUAGUAUACUAUACAAAAAAUAACUGCAAAUUGAAUCACAAAUAGUUUUGGUAAUCGUAGUAAAAAAUGAGUUUUAUAAUAAGGUUUUAAAUCGGUGCAAAGGCUGUAGUAAAUACCUCGGUUUUUGGAAAAUAUUCAAAUGUGAUUGGAAAUAUAUCUUAUAAUAAGUUAUGUUUAUUUAAAAUCACAGUUAACAUUAAAUCACAUUUUUGUAUGGCCUAUUGUUUCUAAGAAAAAAACCAACGCCGCUGACUUUUUUCGAUUCAUUCGAUUUUUCAAAGAAUUAGCUACCCGUUAGAAAGCUUAUCAAUCGUGAAAUCUAAACAACUAUUGCGCCAACCUAGAUAAAAUAGUUAUGAUAAAAUUGAUUUGACAAAUUAACUACCGACAUAUACAACUUCACACACACAGAACGAACCACACUAAAUCUCCGUUCGACUAAACAUGUGAAUUAAACGAAAAUAGUAAAUUAUGGCUAUUCUGAUGGCAAACAAUAUAAUUAUACAGGCAAACUCGCUAUAACUGUCAGAAAAGGAGAACAUACACAGAGAAAAUAUAAUAGGUUAAAGAUUACUAGUUGUUACGCUUAUGAAGCUAUUGAUUACGAAAUUAUUGAGUAAAGACAGCAAAAUGUUUUAAUUCAA